CUGUUUGAAAAUGUCUCCAAAUGCUACAAAAGUGAACGGAAAUGUUGUUAAGUGUGGAUAGUUUUAGCUCUGUUUUUCAUCCUUCUGCUGAUCCAAUAUAUUUUCACAGAGUUUAUCUGCAAGCUAGCUUUAUCGUGAAGGCUUCAAGCCUCAGUUCUGUAGAUAACUACGUGUAACUUAACGCAUCAAACACUAGCAAGAGCGACUCUGUGGAGUGCACAAACUGGUUCGUUUGCCUGGCCGCCGGUGCUGCUGCUGCUGGAACAUCUACAGCUACAACGGAGGGAAACUGGAACCCUGACGCGGCUCUCCACUCAUUUCGGAGGAAUAUCGCGGCUUUUGCACAAUUUUCUGUAAGGCGUUCAUACUUAAAGAGAAGAGCCAAGUCCUUCGUCCAUGGCCAGUCCGGUUGCAGACCUUGGACAGUCUCAUCAGCAUCACCCUGGGUCGGAGUCGGCCGCCGACUCUGCGUUUCUGGAGGCUCAGAAAUGGAUCGAGGCUGCGACUGGACGGUGCUUUGGUGACAAGGAUUUCCGAGGAGGUUUGGAGAACGGGAUUCUGCUGUGCGAGUUACUGAGCUCCAUUAGACCUGGCUUGGUAAAGAAAAUUAACCGACUGCCAACACCAAUAGCUGGCCUGGACAACCUGAGUGUUUUUCUUCGAGGCUGUGAGGAGUUGGGACUUAAAGGCUCGCAGCUGUUUGACCCAGGAGACCUGCAGGACACAGCCACACGUCCUGCUGCCAAGGGAAGCGACUGCAGCCGAAGGCUCAAGAAUGUUUUAAUCACCAUCUACUGGCUCGGUCGUGCUGCCAACAGCUGCACCUCCUACAACGGGCCCACGCUGGACCUAAAAGAGUUUGAGGGCUUGCUGUCACAAAUGCGAAAGGAGGCAGAGGCGGCAGAAAGUCCUCAACUCAGCAUUCGGGACAGUGGCUACAUCGACUGCUGGGACUCUGAACGCAGUGACUCGCUCUCCCCGCCACGCCACGGACGCGAAGAUUCAUUCGACAGCCUGGACUCCUUCGGCUCGCGCUCGCAACAGACUCCGUCGCCGGAUGUCCUGGUCCCACGCGGCAGCAGUGAUGGCCACGGCAGUGACUCGGAGUCCGACGGCACCCCUAACAGGAAGAUGCCGGACCUCAACAAGGACGACAUGUUGGCACGGCGGACAUCAGUCACUGAGCUGCGCACCGCCAUGCCUUUCAACCAGUACCUCCCCAACAGGAGCAACCAGAGUGGAUACGUGCCGGCACCGCUUCGCAAGAAGAAGAACGAAAAGGAGGAGGGAGGCCACAAGAGUUGGAGUACCGCUACGUCACCUGUAGGGGGAGGCAGGCCCUGCAGUACAAAUGGAGGCCCUGUUUUAGUACUCCCACCUGGAGAGUCCCUCAGCCCUUCUCCCUCCCCAAUCAUCGAGUCACAGAUUCAGAAGAGCGAGAGUAAAGAUGAAGAGGAGGAGGAGGAGGAGAAGGAGGAAAAGCUGAAGGUCUUCUCACCUUGCUUUAAUAUCCAUGCUGUGGGAAUAAGGAGGAGCAGCGAGCCUCCCAGAGACACCAUAACUCCGCCGAAGGUCAACUCUGAGCAAAGGAGUUUGAGUAUGAUCGACAUGCGUGGUGAAAACGAGGCCAUCCUGCAGCCGCACAGUCACAUUCGUCAUGAGCUGAUGCACAACCAGUACAACAGAAUAAAAGAAGACGAGAAUCACUGGCAGGAAGACCUGGCCCGAUGGAAAAAUAGGAGGAGGAGUGUCUCUCAGGAUCUGAUCAAAAAAGAGGAGGAGAGGAAAAUGAUGGAGCAACUGAUGUCAGGAGACGGCUGCAUCUCUCAAAGAAGAAAAAGCAUCAAAACCUACAGAGAAAUUGUGGAGGACAAGGAGCGGCGUGAGGAGGAGCUGCGGGAGGCGUACCGGAAAGCCAGAACUCCAGAGGAGGCGUCGGCCAUCCUCCAGCGCUACGCCCAGCGUUUCUCCAUCAGCGAGGCCAUCCUGGAGCGCCUGCAGCUGCCCAAGCUUCUGGACCGCAGCGUGUCGGCCGACCCCUCCUUUCCCACCUCGCCCUUCUCCCUCUCGCUCUCCUCCUCUCCCACGACUCCGGACCCUUUCGACGAACCGUCUGAGGGGCCACUGAGGUACCUGCGGCAGCAAUCUGCGCCGGCGCCACGGUUUAAGUCCAUGCUGGAGGCACAGAUUGAAGAGUUUCCCAAAGACUGGAGCUCACACCAGCGGCCUCAGAUCCGCUCCCGCUCUUCUGAACCACCGUCCACCCGGGCCCUGUCACCCAAACCAGUGCCUUUGCUGACACCAAAGCCUUACUUUCAGCCCCGACUGUCGGCUGAUGAAAAAUGGAAUAGCAAGGCGGACAGUUUGCUACGAGUAAACGGCGACAUCAGAAAUGAUCCCAGUUCCAUGAAGUCGGAGAGCAAAGAAAGGGACUCCCCUCCCCUGUUCCAGGCGUCUCCAGAUGCCCCUCCAUCACCCGCUCGCAGUCCGCCCGCCUCCCCCGAAAGAGGAAGUCCAGUGUCAACAAAAACCAGCGGCAGACAGAGCAGCAUGGAGGCAGCCUCAGUCUCUGAGGGUUCACCCACUCCCACUCGACCCACUUCUCUUCCGGAGGAGCUAAAGCAGCCAGAGGACAGCUUUGUGGAGACGGGAGGCCGGAAAGAUGCUGCUCAACAGGAAGAAAAGUCGACUACUGCAGCUCAGAAAGCGCCACCUGCAGAAGCUAAAUCGGAGAAGACUGAACAGUUCACAGGGAACGUACUGCAGAUUCUCCCAACUGAGGUAAACGCACCAAACGACCCGGCCAUAACAUCAACGGAGUCUUUUCAGGCAGCGGAGACUGCAACGAGUCCGGCUGCACCCGGAUCGCUCGGACAUAACCCUUUGAGGGAAACGUCAUCAGAGUUUGAGAUCAGUGUCAGGUCCCUGCAGUCCUCCAGCAACCCUAAGUCACGCUGGGAGUUCUUCGCUCCGCCAGAAGCUGCAGAGAAAGAUCGACAUGGAAAUGUGUCAGUCCCGGUGUUGGCCAAGGCCAGGCGGGGAGACCGCUGGUCUUGGGACCCGGAUGAGGAGCGAAAGCGUCAGGAAAGGUGGCAGCAAGAGCAGGAGCGCAUGCUGCAGGAGAAGUACCAGCUUGAGCAGGAGAAACUGAAGGAGGAGUGGGAAAAAGCACAGAGGGAGGUGGCGGAGGAGGAGAGGAAGUAUCAUGAGGAGGAGCGUCGGAUACUGGAGGAGACUGUGAUGCCUCUGACGCCCCGCUCCUCAGCCCUGCCCUCCCCCAGCCGAGGGGGGCUCUCCUCCACCUCUGAGCCACAGGGCACGAUUGUGCGUUCGCUGGCAGAUUGGGAACGAAAACAGGAGCUACUGGAGAGGCAGUCUAGAGGAAGCACAGAGAGUGCAGAGUGGAAAAGGAAAGAAAAUGACAGAACCAGUGACAUCAGCACUGCUGACGACAGCAUGAAGACCGGCAGAAGCUUGGUGAGCCAGAACAGCAGUCAGGCAGAGAGACUUGCUCACAGUGUUCACAACGGCCAAAAGCUUCCUCCUACGUCCCCCAAAUGUUCAACUCCACCCAUGAAGCAAACAGGACCUGACAGCACCAGAACCAGCCGGCCUGCAGGAGAACGAAGGUGCGGCCCCACUGAUAAUAAUGUAAGAAGCUCAUCAAAGCCCCUGGCAGCAUGUCCAUCAGCACCAGACACAUUUCCCCCACCGCCCAACAGGUCCGUCAGUGGGAAGAAGCUGUGCUCCAGCUGUAGUCAGCCUCUGGGGAAGGGAGCAGCCAUGAUCAUAGAGACUCUCGGCCUCUACUUCCACAUCCACUGCUUUAAGUGUGGGGUGUGUAAAGGACAGCUAGGUGACACAACCACGGGGACAGACGUCCGGAUCAGAAACGGACUCCUCAACUGCAACCAAUGUUACAUUCGUUCCCGCUCGGCCGGACAGCCGACCACGUUGUGACGCUCGAGUGAAAAGCACAAGGUUUACAGAAGAAAGCCUCAUUCUCAUUUUAACCUGAUUAUCCACCAAUCACGUCCUGCCGGCCUGUUGGGAUGUAUGCUUCCUCUGCAGCUCUGUGACCACCGAAGAUGCAUCAUAUGGGCCAAAUAGACAUCUGGGAACUGUUGAAUGUUUAAAACAAGAACAUAUAUUCUCUGUGUUCAUGUCAUCUGCUACGUGACUGAAUUCUGGAUUCAAUUUAUCCUCGUCUUUCCAUAAAACAUGCCUCAUCAUGCAGCGAGUUUGUUUUAAGGCGGCAGCCAUAUUGGAAAGAACACACUGAGAAAAAUCUGACCGCUUUUCAUACUGGAAAAAAUCACAAAAAUACGAUGCAAUCUGUUUCAGAUUAAAGAUUGAUGUUGUUCCAAGGGAUAAGAAUCUAAGUCGGAGGGCAGAAAAUGAGAUCAGCUCAUUCUGAAUUUUCUGAAGGUAUAAACACUAUUUUUCCCUUCAGGUACAUAAAAUAUACAAAAGUAAAUAUUUUUUCACCCUUGACUGUCAUAUAAAAGCUUUUGUUUCUGUAAAGAAUGUGAUUAAGUUCUAAUAUAAACCUGGAGAGCAAUUUGGGCUUAUUUUAAAGGCAAUAAUGUGAGUUGUGAGCUAUUUGGUUGCAGCAGAUUGUUCCUUAUGCAGUCUGUCUGGUUGUAUAGCCAACAGUUUAAUGUGCCUUAGGAACGGGAAAUGAUGCAGGAAGCAAAGCACCAGAUGUAUGGUGUCUUAUUUCUGCAUUAUUUUCAUUUCGUGACAAGUGAUUUGGUCAAAUUUAAAGUGGGAAAGUGCAGAAAAGCAAACUCCAUCCCACCGUUAGCUGCUUAAUCACUGCUGUUUAUUUUCAUACAAACAUAUUCAAUUUCAUCAUCUCCCUCUGAUUGCCCUGUAAGCUGUAACGGCGAAUGACAAAAGAAAAAACCUUUGUUACACAAUAUGCUGUGUGUUCUCCGUACCGCAGGGCAAAUAUGGGUUUCAUUUUGAAUGUUUGUGAUAUUUGAUGUGUAAGAUUCAGGCUUAUUUUGGUCAUUUCUCAGCUGUAUAGUUCAUUUUUGCGCCUGAAAAAGCAUAAACAUCUGUUGUAUCUGAAACAUCUAUCAUCAGCAGAGGUAAUAUGAAGACAUACCAGCAGCAGCUGCACCUGUGCAAUGUUUGGUUGGUUUAAAACUAAAGACCUGUCCUGCCAGCUGCACAUUUAGGACUCUUGCUAAGAGCUUGGUUAUAUGUUGUGGGUGUGUUGGAAAAAAAUGCAUGUUUAAGCAUAAAACCAAAUGAUUUGCUGUAUGAAAGUAAAGCAGCCUAAACUUCCUUGUGCUGAACAGGCUUCACCUGCGGGGUCAUCUCUCACUUUUUCUGAUCUGCAGUAUUUUAGGAUUAUUUUCCAACUGUUGUAUUUUUAUUUUUUAAUCCUCAUUUAGCUGAUGAGUAAAUCAAAGACGAGUCUUUUAUAGCAGGAUCUCUGAGUCGGAGCUCCUCUCCCAGAGAGUUUUAACAGAACAGUAGGGGAACGGAAACCUUUUUGCAUCUGUACUGUAUUUAUUGUAUAAUAUUCACCUUGAACACUAUUCGGAAUAUAGUUUCAUUUGAUGUUUAAAUGCAAUGGCAUUUAUUAUUACAUUACUGUAUGUUUAUAAAUAAAUAUUAUAAAUCAAAGAUAUUUUUCUUUCCUUUGUAUUGCAAAACAAGUGGCUGAUAUACAUUUGGAAAGUCCUGGAAAUGUAAGAAUAAGUCUUUGCUCAUAUUUGCUGGAAAAUUAAAGUCUUAUAUUUUU